AAAAGGUGUUUACCUUGUUGACCUCGGGUCAUUCCGGGUCACUUUUUACAUUAACCCUUUUUCUUCUUCAUUCAAUUUUGUUCAAUUGAUUUAAUUUAACCCUAAAAAAAAAUGGGAACAAUUUGGGCGAUUUUGGAAUUACUAUUAAUCUCAGCUAUUGUUGUCGGAGUUGGAUUAGUUGCUGCCAUUAUAUUCGAAACUUUCAGAAGAAGAUUCAAUCAUUCUCAUGUGGAAGCUCCUCCAGUCUUUGAAGAUCCGAGUUCAUUUAAGCAGGUUCCUUGUCCUCAUAUAUUUGAUCCUGCUGAGAAGUACAUAUCCUUAGUCAUACCUGCAUACAAUGAAGAGCACAGGCUACCUGGAGCCCUUGAAGAAACUUUAAAUUAUCUUCAAAGGCGUGCGGCCAAUGAAAGCUCAUUUACAUAUGAGGUAAUUAUUGUUGAUGACGGGAGUGCUGAUGGAACAAAAAAAGUUGCUUUUGAAUUUGUGAAGAGAUACUCUGUAGACAACGUACGAGUUAUCCUUCUUGGGAAGAACCAUGGGAAAGGGGAAGCUAUAAGAAAAGGAAUGCUUCACUCACGUGGUGAAUUGCUUUUAAUGCUUGAUGCUGAUGGGGCAACCAGAGUAGAUGAUAUGGAAAAGCUUGAAAACCAGAUUCAUGCAGUUGCUAAAAAGGGACCACAGUCUGAAGAUUCUGCUGGUAGAGAUACAACUAUAAGAAUAUCAGAUGUUCCCGCAGCUGCAUUUGGUUCACGUGCUCACCUUGAAGAGAAAGCCCUAGCAACAAGAAAAUGGUAUCGCAAUUUCCUGAUGAAAGGUUUCCAUAUUGUGGUUCUCUUGGCUGCUGGUAGUGGAAUUCGUGAUACUCAGUGUGGAUUCAAGAUGUUUACCAGAUCUGCCGCCAGGAGACUUUUUCUAAAUAUCCGUUUGAAAAGGUGGUGCUUUGACGUUGAACUAGUCUACUUAUGCAAAUGGUUUCGGGUUCCAAUGAUUGAGAUAUCCGUUAAUUGGACAGAAAUACCCGGAUCAAAAGUCAAUCUGUUGAGUAUCCCAAACAUGUUGUGGGAGAUGGCGAUCAUGUCUUUGGGUUAUAGAACUGGUAUCUGGAAGAUCUACAGCUGAGUUUCUUGUACUUUCAGGCCGUAGUAGUACUUGGAGGUCACGCUCUUUAACACAUACCUAAUUGGUUCUCGGGACAUUUAACAUGUUCUUGCACUACUACACGUUACGCGCUGCUUGUUGAUCAAUGGUAGUAGCUGUGUUUCCAUGAAUGAUGAAUGAACAUGGUUAUCGACUUAUCGUUGUUGCUGUGUAAGUCAGACUAGUAGUAGACUAUAUAUGUAUACUCUUUUCAGUCUCAAUACCUUUUUUGAUGGAAUAGACCAAAAAAAGAGUUUAAAUUGGGACUGAAGGAGUAAAAGAACAAGUGUAAAACUGAUUGAUUUUGAGUAGUUUAAAAAAAUGUCAUCGUACUAUAAUUUGAAACAA